GACGAGUUCAAGUUGUUUUUUUUGUGUUUUGCAACACGCACCUUUGUUGCUGCGCCUAGCGUUGACGCACGAUGUCUAGUUCGUGUGUUAUCUACUGUUGCGUAAUCCUUGACUGAUGCUAUAUAGUACGCUCCGCCACACAUAGCGACCUUUUCGGCACUAGCCACGGCCCCGUCUAUGUUUGUCGCGGUGUGGUACUGAGGCUCACGCCAGAGAGGUUGCAGGUUGGUUUCGUUUGAAUACACAGUAGAACUACGUACUAGAAGUAGAAACUUAAGAUACUGAACCCUAGUGUCAAGAGUUGCCCUUUUUAUUCUUCAAUACAACACAACAAACCAAAGAAUCAAUGGACGGUGGUACAACAACUUCGCAUCAAAAGUAGCUGCGCAGAGAAGAUGAAGAGAAAGUUCGAGCUCCCAACAUCGGCGUGAGAGCAGUUUGUCAAAACGUCUUUUCACAACUGACCAAGCCACCACGCAAUCGCAUUCGCUUAUACAGUGAUGGGAUAUCUUGCGUCAGCGCUUGCGACGCUGUCGCACCAGCAACAGUCUUCGCAUCAUCUUCCAGAUCCCAGCGAAACAAGCUGGACAAGGAGCGGCGUAGCAGGAACCGGAAAAAUAGCGCAGGAGCCAUGUCUUCUAGUACAACAGCUUCCAUCGGCGAGCAACAACAAUUUGAGGACCAUUUUCCGAAGGUCAAACAAUUCGAGAAACAAGACGUCAUUUGCGCACGUACUGGGUCGGAAUAGUAGCAAGCCGUGGAGCAGCGAGGGAACAAGCCCGUUCUUUUCGAACGAUGACGAGAAGAAGGAAGUUUUGAAGAUACGCAGUGCGUCGUUUCCGCACUUUAGUGCCAAACAAUUUGAGAAGUACAACGAGUUCGCGGAUUUUCUGGCGAACGGCGAUGACCACUCGAUAUCGGACCUGCUGGAAGCCUCACCGGCCAUGCACCAACAGCGCAAGCUGAUGGGAGGACAGCAGGCGGAUCUGCUCGUGAAGAAGGUACUACAUGUGUUUUGGUGUGGUCCUAGAAGAAGAUGGCUCUGGUGCAUCUUCCUGGAGGAUGAGCUUUGUGCCAGUUGUAUACGGAAUUUAAAUCUGGGUGCGUUUUGGUUUUGUUCUGGAUUGAAAUACAUACUAGGAAGUAAAAAGUGACGAGAAUUUAAAUAUUUAAAAUUUCAAAUCAUGCAAAUUUGGUAACACUAACAAAAACAACAGCUUAUGACCAACUACGCGGGAUUCAUCGGGAGGGAAGCAAACAAAGAACAAGACCUGCCGAACCUGAGAAAUUUUUUGUCGGACGCACAGAAAGAACCGGAAAAGCUUUUUAGCGAUCUUCAAUCAGCAGUCAACUCCAACGAACCUCUGCCGCAGAAAAUUAUGAAAGGCGCGCAGAACAUGCUGCACCUUCUCAAGUCGUCGUGAGCUCCGACCUGGGGUACAGGCAAGGUCCGUUUUCUCAACGUGUGGAAUCAUUGGAAGGCCGGCCGCAGCCAGGAAGCUAUUCCCGAACUGAUUUGCGUCGUCGUCGUCCUUCGAUUCUGCAUAGUAUUGGGGCAGUAAUCAACUCAGCUGCAGGGGUCGCGGUGCGCAGACCGGAUACUCUGAGAAACAAUCGCGUAGGACGCUGACGCUGUGCGCGUGCGGAAUAUCGUCUUCGGACGCGGACACAUCACGGGCUUUUAUUGGGGCGGCGGAGUUUGGAUCUAAAGAAGGUUGCCGGAGUGUAAUUUUAAUUUUAAAACAGUGGGCAACACAUCAGAUGUUAAAAUUUUGUCGUGCUGGUUCAUCAUCUCUUGUAGAGUUUGAUGAUCCUGUUCAAGAACCUGUUUCCUCGUGGUUUCUGUAGGAUGGAAAGAAAUUUCGAUUUGCUUCAAUUUAUGUUGAGCUCGCCGGCGCUGUGCGGUUUUGGUUUUUUUGGGCGCGAACCUUUGUCUCCAC